UAUGUUGAUUUGACUGGGCAGCAAAACGUGCUAAUCUCGCCUUCGCAAUGAGAGCAGCUCUUUAAUCCUUCAAUGUAYAAUGGCAAAUGCUGUGUGAUUUUUAGUCUAAUCGUGAAUGAAAAAUAUUAGUUUUCAACGAAUGAAGACCACCAAAGCAGCAGUCAUAUAGUGCCGUAUAACAGACCGUAGAUUUUGACUGCUAUGGACAUGAUUAUACUCUUCAUCGCUGUUUUACCACAUGUCACGGCAGAUGACGUGACAGAGGCAAUCACGCUGUCAUGUCACUCGUCACACAUGGCUGUUGAUGUGGAUAUGCGGUAUUUUACAUCUUCCAUUGAUCCACACUCGCUACAUUUACAAGAUCGCCAUUGCAGACCUCAUUCCUUCGACAAAACCAAGGCUUCUUUCCGAGUCCCCCUACAAGGAUGCGGCACAAGCCGACUGCGUCACGACCAUUUAUUGAUUUUCUCGAAUGCAGUUCGCAACUCCGAUGGUAACAUUACAAAUGAGGUCUCCCGUGUUCCACAGAUUCGUCUUCCAUUUGGGUGUCGCUAUCAAAAUCGAUAUUCAUUCGUUCUUCGUGGAGGAGGAGGGACCGAAAGGAGUGCUGUUUUUAAAAGGAAAGAAACCAAAACUGCCGUACCUUCUGAAGAAAACAAAGAUAGGAUAUUUUUGGUUUCAAGCAGCCACGCCCAUGGUGCCUGUAGUUUUGUUCUAAUUUUGUCUAUGCUUGUUGCAUAUAAAGCAGACUUCCGGUAAAAGUCGACUGGAACAUCUCAAUCACAUGAAUUCAGUUACCACGGCUUCUUUCAUUAUUUUGAUGGACUCAUUUAGUUGUAAUAUAGUUUUUGUUCAUUUUGUGAAAUAUCAAUAAACAAAUAACUGAUCCAAAAGUGAA